AUGGUGAAGGCUGAAGAUUUAAGCAAGGCAUUCAGCACCGAGCGUCGAGGAACCCGACGCGGCGGCAAUGGUCGUGGACGCGGGGCGAACAAUGUCCAGUGGGGACAAUAUCGUGAUGAAUACAGCGACUACGAUCAAGCAGCGUUUGCAGCUUCGCUAGAGUGUGGACUCUCAGCGAAGAAGGACGUGUCCGGAAUGAGGGCCGUCGACAGUGGUGCAACACACCACAUAUGCCACGACAAGACUAAGUUGGCAAGAGUGAACAAGCGCAACGACGGUGAAAUCUUGGUGGCGGAUGGCAACAAAGUGGCCAUUAAGGGUGUUGGAACCAUCUUUGAAAAGGUGGUUCUGCCCGACGGUGAAGAGCACGAGAUCGAGAUCAAGAACGUCCUUUACGUGCCAAGCACGAGCAAAAAUCUACUUUCGGUACCGCAGAUCAACAAGCACGGCAAGUUUCAAGUCGUGUUCGACGGGACCAAGAUGUUUGUCGCUCGCAAAGGAUCGCAACAAGUGGUGGCAACAGCAGAUCUUGUGGAUGGCCUUUACUGGAUUCACACAGCUCAUCGAUCGGCCAAUGCGACAACAAACGGAUGCAACGGUGUCGACUUACAUGCGCGGAUGGUACACGCUCCAGCUGAUGUGCUUCGCAAAAUGGUGGUCACGAACAUGAUCAAGGAUGUGAAGGUACCUCUCACUUCAAGUGGAUCAACCGCAUGCCGAGGAUGUCAACAAGGGAAAAUGGUCCAAAAACCAUUCCAACGCAACCAGGACAAGCGCAGAUACGACACCUUCGAGCUACUUCACGUCGACAUCUGCGGACCCAUGGAGAUGAAUUCUCUGGGUGGCAGCAAAUAUCUACUGCUGAUCGUUGACGAAGCCAGUAGACGUAUGAUGGGCUUCUGUCUACGUGUGAAGUCGGAGAGUGAAAACUGCAUCACCCGAUACAUCAAGAUGGUGCAAGCGCAGUAUGGCAAGAAGGUCAAGCUCGUCUGA